UUUGGUUUAUUUCCUUCUUUUUUGGCGAUAAAUUGCUGAUAAUUAACCGCUGAUUCUCUCGUCGUUCCAAAAUUCGGAAACCCUAACCCUAGAUGCGAACGAAUCGUCCGGAGCGCCGGUGAUCCGGUUUGUCGCCGGAGCGCCGUGAUUUGGAGUCUGAAGGAGGGGAGAGGUGAAUUGGUUGGUUUGUUGAGAAUGGAGCCUGAUCCAGCGGCAGAGUACUUGAUCGAUGAUGCGGGAGACGUCGGAGCUGGAUCAGAUGGCGAGCUCCAGUGCGCGAUCGAGAGCCUUUGUGGGAUGUCACCGUCGUCCGGGAUGCAGAUGGGGGACGCGUUUAUUGGUGGUGCUUGUGGUCUUCCUCAGAUGAACUCGGUUCAAAAAAUGGAGGGAGGAUUGAUGUAUGAAAAUACUAGAAAUCUUCAGUUGAGUGAUUGCAUGAGUACUGGAAUGGUUUAUUCUCAGGCCUGUGGUUCUCAACAAACGGGCGUGAUGGAUGGUUUGGAACCGGGAUUGGUGUAUGGAGAUGCGGGCAGUAUUCAGCAAGUAAACACAAGGAAGAGAGCAAUGGAUGAGGAAUGCUCGAGGCCCAAGUCGAAAGCAUGCCGGGAGAAAAUGAGAAGGGAUAAGUUAAAUGAUAGGUUCUCAGAAUUAAGUUCUGUUCUCGAUCCUGGUAGACCUCCUAAAUCUGAUAAAGCAACCAUAUUAAGUGAUGCAGCUCGUGUGUUGGAACAGCUAAAAGCCGAAGCAGAAGAACUGAAAAUCUCUAAUGAAAAGCUUCAAGAAACAAUCAAGGAUCUGAAGGCGGAGAAAAAUGAGCUCCGUGAUGAGAAGAUCAAGUUGAAGACAGACAAGGAGAGACUCGAACAACAGCUCAAGGCCAUGAAUAUGGCUCCUGCCGGGUAUAUGCCUCACCCUAUGGUAUUCCACCCCGCCGUCUUUGCACCGCAAGGUCAGACACCGGCAACAAAGUCUUCAUCCUCUCCAGCAUUCCCCAGUGUGCCAAUGUGGAGAUGGUUGCCACCAGCCCUUGUCGACACAACCAAAGACGCCAAGCUAUGGCCUCCGAAUGCUUAACCAAAUGCAGCUUUUUACCUGAUGGCAAAGAUGCCAAGCCGGAUGCAAUUGUAGAAUACUUCAUGAAGACUAAUGACAUUGAAUUGUUGUUGGAUUGUGGUUGAAGGGAACUCUCAGGAAAUUGAAGAUAAGAAAGUGAUUCUUUGAAUGAAAUAAAAAAAAAGUGCAACUGAUAUUAGCAAUGAGGUUAGCAUUCCCAACAUUUGAAUUUGUUAUAUUAUUAUUAUUAUUCUUUUUUUA